AUGAUUCACAAAUUCAGAGACAUCAUUGAUGGAAAAGAGGAUACUUUAUGUGCGGGUGCAACUGCGCCUAGUUCUAGUUCCAACAGUUACUUGAACGAGUUAUAUAUCGAAGACAAUUGUCAACGCGAUGCGAAAAUUAAAUGUCAAGGAGGAUCAAGAAUUAUGGAGUUGGAAAGAAUAUUUGACAGCUUUAAUGAGAUUUAA